AUAUGUAUACAUAUAUAAACGGGAAAGUCCCCGGUGCGUGACUUCAAUCGCCGUGAAACGUUCGUCCAGAACGCUUCGAGGGAAAACCCGAGUCAGCGUGAAAGGAAUCUGCCACGAGGUGCACCAGCAAGCAUUACGCUCCGGAUGUGAGAUAGUCGCUGUUAUCGCGAAUAGUUGGCAAAGUGAUUUACCGGGAUGAGGACACGUAUUUUGGAUCUGCUGCUUAUAUACAGCUCCUUGAAUUUUUGUUGUUAUGGCAAUCUUGAAGAUUGUACCGAUGGACCGGAUGAAGAUUACUGCAAUGAAAACUUUAUUUCAGCACCGGCCCAGAUAUCAACACCAGAUUCACCAACUUAUAUAGCAGCUGUAGUAGAAUAUCACCCAGAAUAUACAACAGAUAGUAAUGAGACUUUGAAGAAAAAUUCUGAUGCAUAUGUCGAGCACAUUAAAACAGCUAGGGUACAUAAUGCUGAUAUAAUUGUUUUCCCUGAAGAUGGAUUAACAACAGUUAAAUUUCCCAAAAGGGAAGAAAUGCAAAAUUGGACAACUAUUAUUCCUUCUGCUUCAUUUAAUUAUACACCUUGUACUGACAGUACUAUUGAAGUCAGUGAGACACUGAAAAAGAUAUCAUGUGCUGCAAGAAACAAUACAAUCUAUGUGGUAAUCAAUAUUGCUGAGAAACUGCCUUGCAUUGAAGAUGUAUGUCCAAAAGAUAAGAUGUUUUAUUAUAACAGCAAUGUUGUAUUUGAUCGUACGGGAAAGAUUAUUGCCAGAUAUCGUAAAACGAAUCUUUUUGGCGAACAACAAUUUAAUGUGACAUCAAAACCGGAAAUAGUGAUUUUUGAUACUGAUUUUGGAGUCAAAUUUGGAACUUUUAUAUGUUUUGAUAUAUUAUUUCACGAGCCUGCAUUACAAUUAACAAGGGUUCAUCAAGUUACUGACAUUGUGUAUCCUACAGCAUGGUUUUCUGAAGCCCCAUUCUUAACAGCUGUACAAACACAAGCAGGAUGGUCAUUUAGUGAAGAUGUAAAUUUUUUAGUUUCCGGUUAUAAUGAACCUGCUUCUGGCAAUACCGGCAGUGGAAUUUAUUUAGGUCGUGAAGGAAUAGGUAAAGCAAUAAUGUCUAAAACUACACGCGAUGAAAUAUUGGUAUUUGAAGUACCCAAAAAAAAAAAGGUAUUUAAUAAAGACCAUCAUGAUCAUUCAAACGACUACGAUCAUAAAGUUUAUAACCAUAAAAAGGAGAAUAUACACGAGGAAUUAUGGAGAAAGCAAUUUUCAAACACAAUGGCAGAUAACGAUACCAUAUUUUUGAUACAUGAUAAUAUUAAUGUCUUUGAAACAUUUUCCUUGGAAGGAAAUGUCACGAGAAAUGUUUGCAAGAAUAACUUCUGCUGUGAUUUUAAAGUAGAAGUUGUGACAAUAGAUCCAAGUAAAAAAUAUCGUUUAAUAGCUUUUAGUGGUAUUCGUCUUUAUGCUACCGUUGAAGCUGGCGUACGCGCAUGCGGUAUAGUUCAAUGUUUAAAUGAUUCGGUCUCAUCGUGCGGUUCUGUACAUGAUUCGAAAACAGUAUUCAGCAGAAUUGAAAUUGAUACAACGUUCUACGAUUAUAAGAAUAUUUUGAUCAUGCCAUCCACGUUACGUUCAGAUUUACUUCCUCUUUCCGAAAAUUGGACGUACAACGAACAUACUCAUGAUGAUCAUGUGCACAUUAGUAUGCUCUUAAAUAAUAAUACAAAUAAUCUAACAACGUUUGGAAUAUAUUCGAGAUACUUUAAUAAGAACAAUGCAAGUAGAAUAGUUUUUGAUAUCUAUUAUUUUAUAGCCUUAUUAGUAAGUUUGUGUCUAUCAAGAUUGUAAUUUGUAAUAUUUUAUGCAUGCAACAGUAUUGUACACAUCUAUCUAUGCAUACAUUAAAUAUAUACAAUAUAUAUUAUUUUUUUUAUAUACAUGUUUAGAAAUUGUAUCUCUUGUGUAUAGAUUUAGAUGUUAAUGAUUUUUGAAUAACUUUAAUAUAGUUCAACUAUUUCACUUUCAAAUUUUAAUUUUUGAUAUCAAAUAUAUUUUGUGUGUACGCGCGCAUGUGUGUAUGUGUAUCUUUUAUAUUAUUGACAAUUGAAGUAAGAAAAAAAGACAUAUAGAAAUAUUAUGAAACUUCAGAUAUUAAACGUAUGUAUAUACAUGUCAAAUAAGCUAUAGUAAUAAUAAAUGUAUCGAUAAUGUUGCUAAUAAAAAUGUCUUUUACAAAGCCAUAC